UUUAAACUCUUCAGACCUUGGCCGUCAUUUGCUCUGGUUUAAAUCUCUGAUCUUUCAUACAAUGGAGAUGAAAUUUUACAAAUCAGAGCGCGGGCGUUUGAUUUGCGCGGAACAGGAUGAUAAGAAACGCCAACCGGAGCCGUUGGAUUUCGAGGCUCAGGUGGCUCUGGAGAUUGAGAACAUCCGCCAGUCGGAGUCGCAGAUGUAUUACUUGAAGAUCGGGUUUAUUCUGUAUCCCGACGCUCCAGUUCGACGUGAAGCAUCUGAACGUCUGCGGAAGGAAUGUGGUUUGCCAUCCCUAUUUAACCCGCCGGAAACUUCGCGUGAGCGUCAUCAGCGCAUGCUAGAACACAACAAGCGUGUGAUGGAGGAGGAACUCUGUUGUGUUGACUGCGAGAAUAAUGGUCCGGGUUCGUGUGGCCGUAUUUUGUACACCUUGGAUGAUGACGAGCCCGUUCCAAAUAUCUGGGGAUCUGGCAAUCUUGAAGACUGGAAAGAACCAGACUUAGAUGUGGAUGACUGGUGGGCAGAGCACAAGCUCAAUUUUAAAGACCCGAUGGAAUUCUUGCCUGUGGACAUGCUGUGGGUGGACGAAGACUUCGGCUCCGAUCAGAAACCGAAGAAGAAGCGUAAGCACAUCGUUGUGCAGCGUCACCCUCUGCGUGGCAUUCCCCACAACUACUGGAAGUGAGGACUUUUGUUGAUCGGCCGUUCGUGUGU